GUUUAGGAAAGGAGGAAUUAAAGUCAAGACUAUUUGAAUGGAAGCCAGAGAAGGAUCUGCCAGCAAGCACAAAAGUUCCGUUUAGUUGAAGGCUUCUCCUCGAUGCACAAGUCAGGAAUAUUUGUGGUUGAAUAUUUGAACGUUGCAAGAAACUAAUGUGGUUCAUGUUAGUCUUAAGUCUUCUGUAGUGAUAUGACGGGAGAUUUAGCUCGACUUUGUUUAACGUGACUGACGAAACUCAACGAUCUCUACUUUGCGUAACAGCAGGAACUGUAAAACGAACCCUAACUUGCGUAACGGCAGGAACUGUUACUACAAGUUCUGUUAAAACGAACUCUUAGCUUACGUAACAGCAGGAAUUGUAAUACCCUUCUUGUCAGCUUUUAAUCAAUAAAGACCCAGAAUGAUGGCGACUUAACCAAUGAUGAACCUACCAGAAUGAUGGCUACUUCCGGACUUACCAAUUGAUGAACCUAUAUCUCUGGGUGCACGAGAAGAAUUCUUAAGCCUACCAAGUUAUCUGUAAAUCAUUGUAUUAAUGACUUAUCAUCACUUACAGGACUAGCCCUGACCCUAUAUUAUUUUCGAUAGUCUCUUUAGCAUGCGUGAAUCGGAGUUUGAGGCCUGCUCAAACCCACGAAAGAUAAUUAUGUAUAAACAUUAUACGAUAAUGAACAAAAUGUAAUAAGCGAAUCGGUAUACGCACUGCCUGAAAGAAAACAACCGAAACGGCGAAAGGAAAGUUAUAAGGAAUUGUUAAACAAAUGCACGUGAACCAUCGCUCGUAUUCCACACCGAAAAAUGAAUGAAAAUACAGCGACAGCUCAGAAUAGCAUGGAAUUAACACAGAAGCCUGCUUCUGAUAAAAUACAGGUACUCCAAAUCCACGCCGCAGUCAUUCCACCAUACACAAAAUCCAAAGUAAAACUAUUACGUGGAAUUCUUAAAUCGCGUCAUCCUCCAUUCAGACCAGAAAAUUUGUUAACCUCUGAAAACGAACAUAAUAAACAUAGUAACUCCAUUUCAACAAACCUUGGUUCAAAUGUGACGCCCGCUGAUGUAAACGACAAGAAGACUUCCCUUGUUACCAAGUGGAAACAUGGUGGCGCAACUGGUCGAUCCAAAGUAGUAAGGAUCGUAACCCCAACUGACGAUAUCCACACCAAUGAUGUGUGCCCAAGUUCUAAGUCAGAAGCCGCAGAGUCAAAAGAGAAACAAUCAGCGACACAGAAACGAGAAUCAGGCAUGCAACCACGAGUACAGAGUAAACUGCUUUGUAAUCAGAUGUCUGUGGUGAACCAACACCCUCUGGGGGUGAAAGAAAGAGAAGAUAAAGUACCUUCUUUAAAUGACAAUCAAUCUUUUCCACCGUCAAUUAGAAAGAUCUUCUUUAAGACCCCAUUUUCUAAAAGCCUAAAAAAAAGUUCACAGACUGAAGGUACAGUUAAAGGUGAGAGAGAAAUCAACUCUUUGUUGCAACAUACACUUUCCAAAGGUCGUCAGAAGACGCAGAAGUUAAUAGCUCCUUUGUCAUCUCGAUCAAUGUUAUUCACUAGUUUACCCCCAACAGUUAGGGAAGGUAUUGCUGACCGUACUGAACGUAUUACUGGAUACAAAUCUGCAACAAAUAACAAGGAAACUAAACCCCCAUUACCACCAUCCCGUCUACAAAAUUUUGUAAAUGUUAAGCUAAAUUCUGGAAUAAGGGGCCGUAUUGCUAGUGCUCGUAGGCAGUUCUUGGAAGCCAUUCAGAAUACGGAAAAUUUUAAAAAUGAUGACGGAAAAGAAGACUGUGUAAGGCAUAAAUUUGAAGCGUUUAAGCAGUCUACCAAAGUUGAUAGAGCUCGUCUGAUAAACAGCAGCCCCGACCUGAUGGCGAUAGAAAGAGCUGUGCGCAACAGUAGGAAACUUAUUGAUCGGACUUCAGCUUCAAUGCUGCAGGAAAAUAACGCAGAGCUCAGUUGUUCCGAGCCUUGUCGCCAUGCGGGUGAUUCUUCUCAUGUGUGGCCAGAUUAUCGUCAGAAGUUGAACAGGUACAAAGAGAUAUGUAAGCAGGAGAAAGCGUCGAGAAGGAGAAGUAGGAGUUUGGGCUAUCUAGAAACGGAUAUCGACACUUUAGAAUGUAAGCUGCAGAUCUGUGAACCGCGUCUCAUUAAAGAUCACACAGACACUCGGAGCAUACUUAGACCUGGUAAUAAAGACCCAGAAAAUCUGAACACUCUAAUGGAAGGUAAUGUACGAGCUCGAAGUAUGGACUUUUUAAUAGACGACGACAAUCGAUUGGCUGCCUUACCCCCAGAAAAUACUUUGAAUUCUACCAGGACUCUGUCUGAGUAUGAGCUGCGGGUAGAGCGAUCUCUGCAAAACCUGAAUCUUCCAGACUGGUAUAGUAAGCGGUCACAAGAUGGAUUAUUUUUGAAGCGAGAAGAAGGAAGAAGACGUCCACGAUGGCAAGGGUUGGGGUCAAGAACUCCCUCUUCUAGUAGCCUAACUUCUUCCAGCUUUUCGGAAAGAAAACUGACAACCCUUGACCGUAUAUCUUAUACCGACUGGCGUUAUGUAGGAUCCCUACACUCAUCACGGGAUAGUUUAACAGGAGUUAGUGUCGGAUCAGUGUCGCCAGGAGUUAGUGUCGGGUCAGUGUCACCUGCUGACCCACACCCACUGUCCAGGCGUAGUACCCCAUUAAGUGGGUGGUCAGCUUACCGAUCUUUUAGACAGCCAUACUUGGGAUGGAGAGCAGCAGUUGGCCAAACGCCAAGCACCAAUUUUUCAGGAGCUUCUUCCCCAGUUCAGACUGUUCCAAUGACCAAUAGCCGGUCUGAGUCACCUGGUUGGAGCCCCGAAGAUGUGCAGUUCGUUCCUUCUUUCCUUGGUGACCAGCACGAGGCAGAGGGUGCGACAGAAAGUAUUCUUUUCACCGCUGCUAGUAAGAACUUAAAGAAAUACGAUGGUCCUCCCCCAAUGUAUCCCCUCAAAUAUGGCACCGAAAAGAGGAACGACGACCCUACUGGUUCAUACGAAAAAGGCUCACGUUCUUAUUACUUCUAUAAAACCAGCUCACCUAUGCAUUACGAGGGACUAGCUCACAUUAGAUCUCCGUCUCGUCAAACAAGCGCAUCGUUAGAAACACACCUAUUUCUCCAGGACGAUAACACCCCACAUUUAUACGGAGAAAAUUCUGUAAAAAACGGUACAUCUCCAAAAUUUCGCGCUUCUCGGAGUGACACAACUAGCUCUCCCUCUGUCCAAGACAACCCGACUGCAAGGACCUCGCACCAAGAAUAUCGAAGUCACAGAAGCUCAACAAACAAAGAUUUUCCCUCAUACGGGGUCCCAAGUAGAGGUAACUCUUCACAUUAUCACAAGAGAAGUUUCGCGGAUGAAGGUUUGAACUCCGCGUAUCUUCCUGAAAGGAGAAACAGAGAUAUUUUCACAGAAGCUGACGUUCAUCGAGGAGGAGAAGUUUCGAUUUUACAGGAGCAGAAACGCUCGGUUAGUGGUCCCAGUGGACGAACUUCGGAGGAUCCAAAUGACGCAUUCUCGUCAUUCAUCCACGACUUCGACACUUGGUUCCAACGCACGCGGGAGUAUGACCUCGAAAAGGACAGAUUUUCGUACAUUCGAAGCAUUUAUAAUGGUACGACUGUUCCCAAUACGGCAACAGAGAAAGAAGCUCACCAACCAAUUAUUGCUGACAACAGGUUAUACGAAAACCAAAACCAAACCAUUUCUUCGUCGCAGCACGUGAUGAGAUCGAGACCUACUACACGUGUAACUUUAACAGAAGAACCUUCCACAGAAAGUAAAAAUGAGGAUGAUAAGUACCACGACUGGUAUGGUAAGUAAAAUGUAAAACAAUAUGAAAAGUUUGGUAAAACAAGGAAACUUACAAA